GUUUCAGUACAGCAGAAAUGAGCAGCUCAAAGCCUUCUAUGUUUUCGUGGCUCUCAAACACAUUAUUUUCGAAAGAAAAGAUGUGUAAGGAGGGCAGAGCUCUCCGAGAACAAAUCAAAAGCAUAUCUGGGUCUACUGCCCUAGAUGAUGCAGAUAUUGAUGAUGCUCAAAUUCUUACUUUGACAAGAGAGGAUCUGAAUGAGCUUUUUCCAGGUAUCAGGAACUUUCAGCUCCGAAGGACCAUUAUGGAGCUUAUCACAGAUGCAGUGAAGGAUUCAGUUCGACCUGGCCCAGAAAGAUUUGCCGGAGCACUGAAGCAUUUAAUGGACAAAAACAACAGCAAUGAUGCUGCUGUUCAGGAUGUUUUGAAGGAGUCUCUUCGAGCUUUUAGAGAAAUGGAAGAGCAGCUCAAAGCAACACAGGCAUCUCUGAAACCAUACAUUGAGGUCUUGAACAGUCUCACUGAGGCAUCAGCUAGAAAACAGCACUGGGAUACAGAAGGAACGUCAAGCAGGAGGAAAGUUCCAAGCUCAUCCCAAACAGAUUUAAACUCUCAAACCAUAAAGAUCCCCUAUCGUCAGCCUCCAGUCAAAGUGCAUCCACUUAUCUGUGGCCAAACCUUGGGAGUUGACAGGGAAAUUUUUGCACUGCUCAAUGGAGUUACUGUGAGUGAAUUAUGUGACUGUCAGUUGAUGCUGGUCUUCUGUCCCAUAGCAUCACGAGCUGGAACUGACAUCGAAGAUGCAUUGAGGAAAGUUCCAGCUGAUAAACCAGCAGUCCUGGUGAUAAUGUACCAUACCUUCAACCAUAACCAGGUGUGUCCCAGCAUUAAUACGACAUCUUCUCAAGUGAACAUUGUGGAACAAGUUAACAUUCUCUUCCAUGACUCACAAGGCGGUCUUCUGAAAUGUCCAGCAAAUGACCAUGCAAUUAACAAACUUCAGCGUGUCUUACACCAGUACAUGUAAACUGUCAUGUAAAAACUCUUAAAAUGAUGAUACAAUGCAUGUCUGUUAUAUUGUCAUACGAAUGGGCAAAAACAACAAGUCUGCUAAUAAACAUUUAGGACUGAUUUGUUGAUUCCAAGGUUUUUUUAUAUAUAUAUAUUCAAACAAUUUCAACACAAUUUUAGUAAGAACACCAAUAGCAGGAAGAUUAGAAAAAAGCCUUUUCCACCAAUGCCGUGAUAUCAUGCAAAAAUGCUUUCUUCGAGUUCUCACCUUCUUGUAGGCACAUUUAAAUUCAUCUACAUCUCACACAUCAGAGAAGUGAUACCUCACGCCAUCAUGAUUAAUAACCUGGCUUUUUAAAAUGCAUCGAGACGUUGCGUGUUUUUACAGGCUAAAACAAGCAAACUUGUAUCCAACCUACAUAGAUAACACAUAUUUGACUGUAGCAGGUGCAUCAAAACCUGCUCUAAUUUCGGAUAUUUUCCUCUGCGAACUUCUCUUUAUCAUACUUUGGCCUAUAUUGUGCGCAUCAUUUACAAA